UGUGAAAUAAAUGUGGUACAUUACCUUUCUUUUUUUUCCAUUGCAGGAAUAGAUGUUCUUCAUUCAUUUGUAAACCUAAUCCUUAUUUAUCUGCUGACAAGGAUUGGUGCUGGAAGGUGGUGGUCACUACCAGCAGCUUUCUUAAUAAACACUGGUUAUCUUGUGCUCGGUUUUGCCUCCAGCUCAAAGAAUGGUGAAUAUUAUCGCAUUGAAUGGACAACUUCACACUGUGUGCUAAUUCUAAAACUCACUGGAGUUGUGGCUGAUUUGUACGAUGGAUCCAAACCUGAGGAGAAGUUGUCACCUGAUCAGAAAGAAACUGCCAUAAAGAAAACUCCUACAAUUUUGGAAUUAAUGGGACAUUGUUAUUUCUUUGGUGCUUUUUUGAUAGGACCCCAGUGCUCCAUACGAAGGUACCUCACUUUAGUGAAAGGUGGAUUUGCAGGCAGAGGUGAUAAAGUACCCAACAGUGUGGCUGCAGGAUUGACCAAGUUAAUUGUCGGCCUCUUCUAUAUUCUUACAAUGUUAAUCCUCAUGUUAAUCACACCCACGGAUUAUUUCUUCAUAAAAGAUUUUUAUGAUUUAUUCUUACCUAUAAAGUGUCUCUAUAUCAUCGUGUGGGGGCGCUAUGUGUUAUCCAGGUAUAUAGCUUGCUGGCACAUCUCAGAGGGGAUCUGUAUUUUAACUGGUCUUCCUUACAAUGGAGAAGACGAGAAAGGCAAUCCCACAUGGAAUUCCAUGGAAAACAUCAAACUCUAUGAAUUUGAAACUUCUUUUAGUCUGUACGGCCUCACAAAGGCCUUCAAUGUACAAACCAGUACCUGGAUGGUUAAGUACCUAAUGAAAAGACUGCGAUUUUUGGGCAAUAAAGAACUUUCCAAAUUCAUCACUUUUGCAUAUCUGGCAUUGUGGCACGGCUUGUACACUGGA